UGUCAGUGGCUUUAGAGUUAAAUACACAUUUUCUGAAAAUGAUUUUCAACAUCUGAAGAAAAGAAUCUAGACGACGACAAUGGCGGAGAAGAGCCAAAUCCCUGAUAACAACAACAAUACUUCUUCGUCGGCGAAAAAACCGACGCCGGAGAUCGGAUCGGGUUCGGGUAAAAGGUAUUAUAACCCGCCUGAGUCGGUGAAUCCGGAUCAGGCGACGUUAAGGGAGCAAUGGAAAUUCGCGAUUCGGCAAUACAGUAAAUGGUACUCACACGCUUGGGGAACUGCGAUUCUAGCUGGAGGUUUUUUCUUCGGACUCGGUUGGAUCAUCAAGGGCUCUAAUCCUCUUCCUUCUCUUCAAUCGAGUUCUAAGCCUCGCGAUGAAGAAAAAUGAUUCCGUAUCUGCGUUUUUUCUCUGAUGGGGAAAAAGGAGCGCGUCAACAAUGGAACAUCUUCAUGAACAUUCAGAAGUACAUCGAUCGGUAGAAGCAGAGAGAGCACGAAGCAAGCGAUUGUAAAGAGUGGAACCGAAACUAAAAAAACUUUUGAGUGUGAACUUUGUUUGUCUGAUAAUUCCAAGAAUGUAUACAAAUUUGCAGGAAAAUAUUGAAAAAUGUUAGUGUUUAGUAAUAAAAGUACAAGAAAAAAGUGAGAAGUGUGUCUAUGCAGAGCAGCAACCAGGUUUUUUAACGGCUGAGAUAUCAUCUCGGCCUCCAACAUUAAUCAUCUGUCCUUUAGGCAAAGCAGUGGUUGGAUCAUCUCCAGCUUCAAGAGCCUUCUUGCUAACAACUCUGUAAAUCUGAGUGAGAACUUCAGUGAAAGCAUUAUCAACAUUCACAGCUUCAAGUGCAGAAGUCUCCAUGAAAAAGGUAUUCUCCCUCUCUGCAAAAGCUUUAGCUUCUUCGGUUGAGAUGGCUCGAAGGUGACGAAGAUCAGCUUUGUUGCCAACGAGCAUGAUCACAAUGUUUGCGUCCGUGUGGUCCCUAAGCUCCUUUAGCCAUCUCUCAACAUUCUCGAAUGUCACGUGGCGCGUCACGUCAUAAACAAGCAAUGCACCAACAGCUCCUCGGUAAUAAGCGCUCGUGAUGGCUCGGUACCU